AGAGUAUGGUUCCUCAUGGGAGUGUUUGAUCCCACGGAGAUCCACAACCGGGGGCAGCUGAAGUCACACAUGAAGGAAGCCAUGAUCAAGCUCGGCUUCCACCUGCUGUGUUUCUUCAUGUAUCUUUAUAGCAUGAUUUUAGCCUUGAUAAACGACUGAAGCUGAGGAGCCGCGGUCCGAGUCCGCCAGCACCACGAAGUGCAGCCCAGGAGCCAGAGGCGCCGGAGAUCAUCCUUAGAACCGUGACCAUAGCAGUAUAUUUUUUCCUCUUUGAACAAAAAGAAAAAUAUUUUUGCUGUAUUUUUACCAUAUAAAGUAUUU